UACUGGCGGAAGUGCGUCAAGGCGGAAGUGCAGACUAUGUCGGAGCGACAACGGUAGCUGUCUCCCUUUCUCUGGGUGCGGUAGGCAGCGCUGGGGAGGAUGGAGGCGGGUACCAUUCCAGACACCGGGUUGGAGAAAUGCCUACCCUUGUCAGAAGCCACUGAUGGGGAUUCCAGCAGCGGCAUCUACACAUGCUUCAUGAAGUCACAUCGCUGCUAUGACCUCAUCCCCACAAGCUCCAAGCUUGUUGUAUUCGAUACUUCCCUGCAGGUGAAGAAAGCUUUCUUUGCGUUGGUGACCAAUGGUGUGCGGGCUGCUCCACUCUGGGACAGCAAAAAGCAAAGCUUUGUGGGAAUGCUGACAAUCACAGACUUCAUCAACAUCCUGCAUCGCUACUACAAAUCAGCCAUGGUACAGAUCUAUGAGCUGGAGGAGCACAAGAUUGAAACUUGGCGAGAGGUUUAUCUGCAGGACUCUUUCAAGCCACUGGUCUGCAUUUCACCCAGUGCCAGCCUGUUUGAUGCUGUCACCUCACUGAUUCGGAACAAGAUUCACCGUCUGCCUGUCAUCGACCCCGACUCGGGGAACACACUGUAUAUCCUGACUCACAAGCGUAUUCUCAAGUUCCUCAAGCUCUUUAUUGCUGAGUUCCCCAAGCCAGAGUUCAUGUCGAAAAGCCUGGAAGAGCUGAAGAUUGGCACCUAUGAAAACAUUGCAAUGGUCCAUACAAACACCCCUAUUUAUGUUGCAUUGGGUAUCUUUGUACAACAUAGGGUCUCUGCACUGCCGGUGGUGGAUGACUCAGGUCGGGUUGUAGACAUUUACUCCAAGUUUGAUGUCAUUAAUCUAGCUGCUGAGAAGACUUAUAACAACCUGGACGUGACAGUGACCAAGGCACUGCAGCAUCGCUCCCACUACUUUGAGGGUGUUCUCAAGUGUUACAAGCACGAGACUCUGGAGGCGAUAAUCAACCGACUGGUAGAGGCAGAGGUUCAUCGGCUGGUGGUGGUGGAUGAAAACAAUGUGGUGAAGGGUAUCGUGUCCCUCUCGGAUAUUCUACAGGCCCUGAUCCUGCCCGGUGGUCAGAAGCCUUGACUGCAUGAAGUUCAGAGCUGCCCCCUCCCUCUCCCCCACAUUCUUGGGCCUGAGGAGCAAAACCAUCAGCCUUCUUGCAUCACCCUUUUUGGCCAAGCAGCAACAGAAUGGAAAGGCUAACUUAACCUGUGUCUCCUCCUUGCCCAUUUUGGUUGCAUGGGAGCCUUGAGGCCUGCUGGAACUUGGAGACAGGCGCAUUGGCUGGGCUGUUGGGGUCCAGGCUCAGUGGGCUGAUAUCUUCCACACUUGGAUGAGAGAAAGCUUGAGGCGAGGCUUCUUGGUCAAGUGUGAAGCAUGCAAUAAGUGCAGGGGCCACAUCAAAAUUCCAAAAACCACAGGGCAUGUUCUGGAAAUGAGGAUAUCUAAUCUAUAGCACAAUUUUUUUUUUAACGAGACACUUGGCUAUUCUCAGGCACGUGACCUUUGUGUGCCCUGUGUGUGUGAAUGAGAGUGUGUGAUCCCCAUCCCAAUGUAACUUCCACCAAGCAAUACCCUGCAGUCUGUCAAGAAGGCAUGGAGCCUGUUGUGCACACCACCUGCUCUACUCUUCCUAGUACCAGGGCCAGUACUAGUUCCAAAGGCUCUUAAUGAACCUUGCUCAGGAGCUGAGAAUCCUUCACUGGGUCACGUCAGGUAUAUGAGUGGGCAUCAUGGAGCAUUCAAAUUCCUGUUGUUCUGGGAGUCUCAUUAGGCUCUUCCCUCCUAGGUUUUGAUUAAAUUACUCCAUCUUUGAUGAACUCCAAGUUGAUUAACUUUGGCCAUCUUAUCAGACGAAGAAUUGGAGUCAGCCCUGCCUUCAUGCCCCGGUAAAGGAAUCUAUGUAUUUAACCAUAAACAUGCCACUCUCCUGCCUCAUUUAGGGCAGAAAUAGUUCUCUUGUUAAAGAGAGGAAAUUGUAAUGGCACUGCUGCCCCUUUUGAUCUUGACUGUUCAAGAGUGGUUCUCUCGUGAGCCCCACUUCUUUUACACAUUCCUAUAAACCCCACUUCAAACAAAGUAUAUAGCAUGUAUUUUUUUUAAAUAAAGCCACAUUUCCUAUACAAUGCUCCACUGGUACUGUUCUUCUUUUGGGUCUCCCCAGGCAAGAAGAUCUGUCCUGGGGUGCCUCUUUCUCUCUCUGUGAUGUGUCACUUGCUACUUGGUUUUACUGAGUUUCUGUACUUAAUAAAAAUCAGUAUAUCACA